AUGUCGCUCCGGACGAGACAUUCGACAGUCGCAUCGACGCCUGCUAGAGGCACGCCGAGCCGAGCUGGCACUGUCACAUCAACACAGCGAGCGCCGACCAACGAACUCCCGCCCUACCAACCGCUGCAACAUCCUCUCAGCGUUGCUGGCCGCGACAAACUGCGACAUCUAUCACAACCCCUCAAGUUCCAGCAAAACCACCAACUACUCGCUGAAGUCAUCUCGUGUCUCAGUGAAGCUGCUGCCGAGACCAACGAAGCCUUGAGUAGCAAAGAAAAGGCUCUGGAGAAUGCUCGUGCAAAAGCUAGGAACAAUGACGAUCCAUCCACAAGUCAACAGCGUGUUCAAGAGAUGGAAGCACAGUUUGAGGAACUGCAAGCAAAGGUCGACAGCAUGACUGCUCAGAUGGACAAGGACGUGCGCAAAAUGAUCGACGCCGACAACAACAUCGAAGACAUGCAACACACCCUCGCCGACCUCGUCAAAGACGCCUCAAACGCCUCUACUCAACGCACACAACGCACCCAACGAGGAGAUGACGAAGACGAAGAAUACCCCGACUUUGACCCCACCGAUCCUACAAAUGCUACCCAGCGUCCCCUCGCCGUUGCCGAACUGUUUGGCGAUCGAGUCAACCGCGCCAAAACAACCUUCAACAACCAAUCUCUGACUGCCCGCUACAGCAGAAACAACCACUACGUCAACUUCAAGCGAAUCACCCACGAAGCUCGCUGGCAAUCCGAAGGAGACAACCCAAUGCCCCCGGCACACCUCUGGUUCAAAGAAGACCGUCCCGAACAUGGAGAAACCGCCCUAGGUGCGGAAGACAGCGAUGACGAUCUCCAAAUCGCAAAAGAGACGAUAUCCACCAGAUGCCCAUUGACGCUCAGAGAAUUCGAGGAUCCGGUCACCAGUCGCAAGUGUCCGCACUCGUUCGAGAGGGAAGCAAUUACCUCGAUGAUCAACAUGCCUAAUAAUCAUGUGCGCUCAGAGGGUGCCGCUGCUGUCCAAUGCCCAGUUGCAGGGUGUCAGAAACUUUUGACCUUGGCGGAUGUAUACAGUGAUGCUGUUAUUAAGCGCAAGAUUGCUAGAGUGCAAAAGGCCACCAGGGAUGCGGACGACGAGAGUGAUGAGGAAGGCGCAAAUAGACCACACAGUAUUGCUAGUGAUGACGAUGACGACGCUAUGGAUGUGGAUGAGACGCCCGUGCAGAGGAUGAAGAAGGAGAGGUUGAGUGGUAGGACGCCGGGUCCGUCUGCUGUGCCGGCUUUGAGUCAGAGGAGAGGCAGAGCUGCUGUGCUGAGUAUUGACGAUGACGAUGAGGAUGAAUGA